UGGCCCCGCCCCGCCGAGGGCCGCGAGGCGCGGGCGGGGCAUGGCGCGCGGGCGGGGCGGGGCCACGCUACGGGCCCGGGCCAUGGCGGCCGCCGAUGCCGAGCAGGCAGUUCCAGUAAAAGGGGAUGCGAAGCAGGACUGCUGCAUGCAGACAGAGCUGCUGCGAGGAGAGAUUCCCAUGGCUGCUGAUGAAGGCCCAGCAGAGAAGCAGGGAGGAGAGGUCCCUGUGGCCGCAAGUGGUGAGACCAAUGGGCCCUGUGGGAAAAGCGAGGCGGGCAGCCCCCUCGCUGCAGCGCACACUCAGGAGAAGACUGCCGUCAGCCUGCAGGAAGCUGCCGGUAAACUAGCCCGAAUAGCGGAGAACGGGAUUUCAGAAAGAGACGCUGAAGUAGGGAAGCGAAACCGCGUUGGAGCUGAUGACCUCCCACAGACGCCCACCAUUGGGAGCACCGGGCGCUGCUUCGGCAGGCCGGCAGCGCAGGAGCAGCCCCUGCGGGUCGCCAGCACUUUGGCCUCCUCACUGCCGGGCCACGCUGCCAAGUCCCUCCCUGGGGGGCCCUGCAAAGGGAGGACUCCCAGCGCCUCUGCUCAGACGCCAGCUGCAGGGCCGGCCCGGCUCGGGGAGGGGAGUAAAGAUGCAGAGGACAAGAAGCCCACGGCCGCUGGCACCGAUGUCAAGGUCCACAGGGCCCGGAAGACCAUGCCGAAGCCCGUCCCUGGCCUGCACGCAGCCGGCAAGGACCCCAGAGAAGUGCGAGAAGCUCGGGGUCAUGAGGAGCUGGAGGAGAUUGGCACAAACGUCACCGAUUCUGGACGGCCACAGCUUUUGCCCCCCUUCCCACCCCUCCACCAGUCGCUACCUCAGAACCAGUGCUACGUGGCCACCGCCAGGUCGCAGACAGCUUGCUUGCCUUUUGUUUUAGCAGCUGCAGUAUCUCGGAAGAAAAAGCGAAGAAUGGGGACCUAUAGCCUGGUUCCUAAGAAAAAGACCAAAGUAUUGAAACAGAGGACGGUGAUUGAGAUGUUUAAGAGUAUAGCUCAUUCCGGUGUGGGCUCCAAGGGGGAGAAGGACCUGGGGGAUGGCAGCCUGCACGUGAACGGGGAGAGUUUGGAGGUGGACUCGGAGGAGGAGGACUCAGAGGAGCUUGAUGAGGAUGAGGAUCAGGGAGCUGAGCAGGCCGCCGCCUUUCCCAUGGAGGACAGCAGAACUUCUAAGGAGAGCGUGUGCGAGACUGACCAUUCCCGAAAGAUGGAUGGCGAGUCUGAAGAGGAGCAGGAGUCGGCCGGCACCGGGGACGAGGAGGACGGCGACGAGUCGGAUCUGAGUUCUGAAUCCAGUAUCAAGAAGAGGUUCCUCAAGAGGAAAGGGAAGCCUGAUAGCCCCUGGGUCAAGCCGGCGAGGAAGAGGAGGCGGAGAGGCAAAAGGAAGCAGAGCGGAGGGCUGGGUUCUGAAGCAUAUGCGUCGUCCUCAGGAAGUGCAGAGCAGACAGCGCCGGGAGACAGCACGGGGUACAUGGAGGUGUCUCUGGACUCGCUGGAGCUCUGCGUCAAGGGGACGCUGCCCUCGCAAGCAGAAGGGCUGGCCAAUGGUCCUGAUGCAGUGGAGACGGAUGGCCUCCAGGAAGUGCCCCUCUGCAGCUGCCGGAUGGAAACCCCAAAAAGCCGGGAGAUCACCACUCUGGCCAACAACCAGUGCAUGGCCACGGAGAGUGUGGACCACGAACUGGGCAGGUGCACGAAUGAUGUGGUCAGGCACGAGCUGAUGCGCCCGUCCAGCCGGGCGCCGCUCCUGGUGCUGUGCGAGGACCACCGGGGCCGGAUGGUGAAGCACCAGUGCUGUCCCGGCUGUGGCUACUUCUGCACGGCGGGUAACUUCAUGGAGUGUCAGCCCGAGAGCAGCAUCUCUCACCGCUUCCACAAGGACUGUGCCUCUCGAGUCAAUAAUGCCAGCUACUGUCCCCACUGUGGGGAGGAGGCCUGCAAGGCCAGAGAGGUGACCAUUGCAAAAGCGGACACGACAUCCACCGUCACGCUGGUGCCCGGGCAGGAGAAGAGCUCCACGGUGGAGGGCAGGGCCGACACCACCACGGGCAGGUAUGCAUCCAGUGCUGCUGGACCACUGCUCUCAGAGGACGACAAGCCGCAGGGCAUGGCCCCCCAGGUGCCCGAGGGCUUUGAUCCCACAGGCCCAGCUGGGCUGGUGAAGCCGGCCCCUGGCCUUUCCCAGGGACCUGGGAAGGAGACCUUGGAAAGCGCCCUGAUCGCCCUGGACUCAGAAAAUGUGAGAUGCCUCGAGCCUGCUGGGUUUGGUGCCCUUGACCUUGAGGAGCCGGCAGGUGGACCUCACCCAGGCCUUCCCAGGCUGCCGUAUGUGUGCCAGUGGCGAGUGCCGCGUGUGCUGGGCGAGCCUGCGGCCCGGGCAGGCGGUGGUCACGGCUGUCCUGUGCUUCCCUGCAGACCCAAGAAGCUCCGCUUCCACCCGAAGCAGCUGUACUUCUCCGCCAGGCAGGGGGAGCUGCAGAAGGUGCUCCUCAUGCUGGUUGAUGGGAUCGACCCCAACUUCAAGAUGGAGCACCAGGGCAAGCGCUCGCCCCUGCACGCCGCUGCCGAGGCGGGCCACGUGGACGUCUGCCACAUGCUGAUUCAGGCGGGAGCGAAUAUUGACACCUGUUCCGAAGACCAGAGGACCCCACUGAUGGAGGCAGCAGAAAACAACCACUUGGACGCCGUGAAGUACCUCAUCAAGGCCGGGGCCCUUGUGGAUCCCAAGGAUGCAGAAGGCUCCACCUGCUUGCACCUGGCUGCCAAGAAGGGCCACUAUGGUGUGGUUCAGUAUCUGCUUUCAAAUGGACAGAUGGACAUCAACUGUCAGGAUGACGGUGGCUGGACGCCCAUGAUUUGGGCCACCGAGUAUAAGCAUGUGGACCUUGUGAAGCUGCUGCUCACCAAGGGGUCCGACGUCAACAUCCGGGACAAUGAGGAGAACAUCUGUCUGCACUGGGCAGCGUUCUCAGGCUGCGUGGACAUCGCCGAGGUUCUGCUGGCUGCCAGGUGUGACCUCCAUGCCGUGAACAUCCACGGGGACUCGCCCCUGCACAUUGCUGCCAGGGAGGACCGCUAUGCCUGUGUAGUCCUCUUUCUUUCUCGGGACUCAGAUGUCACCUUGAAAAACAAGGAGGGAGAGACUCCCCUACAGUGCGCAAGUCUCAACUCUCAGGUGUGGAAUGCUCUGCAGACGAGCAAGGCGCUCCGAGACUCGGCCCCAGACAGGCCCAUCCGGUUGGAGAAGAUAGUGAGCAGAGACAUUGCUCGAGGCUAUGAGCGCAUCCCCAUCCCAUGUGUCAACGCUGUGGACAGCGAGCCAUGCCCCAGCAACUACAAGUAUGUUUCUCAGAACUGCGUGACAUCCCCCAUGAACAUUGACAGGAACAUCACCCACCUGCAGUACUGUGUGUGCAUAGACGACUGCUCGUCCAGCAACUGCAUGUGCGGCCAGCUCAGUGUGCGCUGCUGGUACGACAAGGAUGGGCGGCUGCUGCCAGAGUUCAACAUGGCCGAGCCCCCCUUGCUCUUCGAGUGCAACCAUGCUUGCUCCUGCUGGAGAAACUGCCGGAACCGUGUGGUGCAGAAUGGCCUGAGGGCGAGGCUGCAGCUCUACCGGACACAGAACAUGGGCUGGGGCGUGCGGUCUUUGCAGGACAUCCCUCCGGGCACCUUUGUCUGCGAGUACGUGGGGGAGCUCAUCUCUGAUUCAGAAGCUGAUGUCCGGGAAGAAGAUUCUUACCUCUUUGAUCUUGACAACAAGGACGGAGAGGUGUACUGCAUCGACGCGCGCUUCUACGGCAACGUCAGCCGCUUCAUCAACCACCACUGCGAGCCCAACCUGGUGCCUGUGCGCGCGUUCAUGUCGCACCAGGAUUUGCGCUUUCCCCGCAUCGCCUUCUUCAGCACACGCCUGAUAGAGGCCGGGGAGCAGCUGGGGUUCGACUACGGGGAGCGUUUCUGGAGCAUCAAGGGCAAGCUGUUCAGCUGCCAGUGCGGCUCCCCCAAGUGCCAGCACUCCAGCACAGCCCUGGCGCAGCGGCAGGCCAGCGCCGCCCAGGAGGCCCAGGAGAACGGCCUGCCCGACACCAGCUCGACCACCGCGGACCCACUCUGAGCCGUGGCCACGGCACUGUGCACAGAUCCGUGCAUGCUGCGAUUUAGAGGAGGGAAGAGUCGAGGGUCCCCAUCUGGGGCCAGAGGGUCUGAGCUGAGGCCCGUGGGGAAAACGCUGUAGAACCCCAUGGUCCACGCAGCUGUGAGCUGUGAGUCCUGAUGGUGAUCUUGUCGUUUUCCACGUUUCUCGUUCUCCUGCUCCGCGUGGUUCCUGUCCCGCUGCAGGCUUGUUGGCAAAGUCCUGUAGGCCCAGACUCCCCCGUGUGGUGCCCACCGGCUGCGUGGCUGGUGCCAGUUCCCAGGCACCACGCAGAUGCCGUCCCAACCAUGAUCCAGGAGGCCUGGGGCAAGCCACCACUGACUUUGAAGAAAACGUGGGCCGGCUUCUUAAGGAAAUCCUAUGCCUAGUCCUGUCAGACCUCUAAUGCAUUUCUUUUCAAGGAGGAGGUUGGGGGUGCAGAGGACCAUGGUCCCGGAGGACCCACACCAGCCCCGCCAGUGUGCUGACACUGGUGCCUUCUGUUGGUCUUUAAGCCACAUGCUAUGAUGAUGAAUAAACUGAUUUAUUUUCUACCAUUACUGAACAUUAGGACAAAUAAACACAAACACAGACAAUGGUGCUGAUUCUGGUGUGGUUUCUACUCACCAUGUGAAAAUAAACUGUCAACUGUAUAAAGAGAACAAAGUGAUUUUAGAAUAAAAUGCAGGAAAAACCUUUUAUAAAAAUGUUAGCCUUGUAGUGUGAAUAAAUUGCCAUCACCUUUUGUGUGGUGGCUGCCAGGUCAUAUACUUUUCUUUGGCAUAUAUACUUUUUUAAAUACUGUAAUUAGUGCAGUAACAGUGGGGUUUUUUUGGUGCAACUCUUCUAAAACAUUCAUAAUGCAUCAUGUUUAUUUUUUUCUGUUGAAAUGUUUUGACGGUUUUAAGAGAAGAGCAGUCUUUGGCUCUGACCAUUUCUUGUUCUGUUUUCAAUGAAAUCAAUAAAAAAAGAUAUCCUUUAAAUGAAGUUUUUAUUACGAUA